UUUCGCGGAUGGAAACAUUCGCCUGUCUGCCUCGGUCUCCGCCUGGGUGUUUCCAGUCCAGGGAGAGCUGACGGGAGCCCCGGCCCUGGCCCAGGAAGAGCGGCAGAGAAAGCUCCAGGAGUACCUAGCAGCCAAGGGAAAACUGAAGUGCCAAAACACCAAGCCUUACCUAAAAGCCAAGAAUAAUUGUCUGAAUCCUCCACCUUCUAAAUCUACUAUUGUACCCAAAAAGAAUGUUACCAAUUAUGUUGCUUUGCCUGUCAAAGCUACAAGACCCAUCAGCGCUGAACUCCAGCCCCGACCUGCCAAAGGCCCAGGAUCCCAGAAGCCAAAGUUGGAGCCACCAAAACUUCUGGGCAAAAGGCUGACUUCAGGAUGUGUUUCUUCUAACUUAAACUGUAAGCCUUCCAGCAAUCGUCAACAACACCAUGAAGAGGGAUCAUCCACUACUGGUGAACUGCCUACAGAAACUAUGGGGUCACUUAAUAUACAGGAACUGAAAACUGCAAAGCAGCAGGUAGCAGAUCAAGGAAAUACUAAGUGUGCAGACUCUGUGGACUGUAACCAUGUUGAAAAUGAAUCCUUAGAUAGCUUUCUAAAAGAGAUAAACAAAGAAAACUUGCCCCAAAUCUUACUAGACUCUGAAAGGAAGUCAAAUCCUGAAUUAUGGACAAUAUGUAAGCCAAAGACUAAGUCUUAUAAUCAAACCAAGAGCAGUUUGGCUCCUAAACAAGCCUUGGGCAAAAGUUCUGGGAAUAGUGCUUUUCUGAAAGACCGAGUUAAUAAACAAUUUGUUGGAAAAACACAAAUUAGGAUUCCACCAGUAAAGUCACAGCAACUCUCUAGAGGAACAAACCUUGCAAGACCAGGAGAAAAACUCCCAAAGACGGCUCCCUAUCACUACGUUCAGACCCUUAGUAGGACUCAAGCAUCAAGGAAACCAGUGGUCAAGGACAUAAAGGAUAUAAAGGUUAAUAGGGGUAAAUACGAAAGACCAAAUGAAACUAAGGUACAGUCACACACUGUUACUGAACAGAAAGUAAAACAAAACAAACCCCGGACAUGCCCUAGUGUGCUUCCGGGAGGCUGUAACAACAGACCUCCAAACACUAGGCAAGAUCAGAAAUCCACUCAACCUUGUUGUAGACCUCGGACAUCAUGUGCACUACAAAAAUCAAAAGCCAUAAGCCAAAGGCCUAAUUUGAUAGUUGGCAGUUUCAAUUCAGUCGUUCCAAGCACCCCUAACAUAACAGCAAAUGGAACCAAUGGGAAUAGAUGCAGCAACAGCUGUCAACAAAAAGCACAGAUUUUGGACACCAAGUUGAAAAAGACUCUUCCCCAGAACCAUUUUCUCAGUAAGACAGCUCCCAAAACUCAAGCUGGUAACAAAACCAUACAUGGAGGAAGAGUCCCAAAUGGGACCCAAACUAAUCCAAAUAUUAAGAAGAAGAUCACAGCAGAGGACCGAAGGAAACAACUGGAAGAAUGGCAGAAAUCUAAGGGGAAAAUCUAUAAACGGCCUCCUAUGGAACUUAAAACAAAAAGAAAAAUAAUAGAGGAAAUGAAUAUUUCAUUCUGGAAGAGUAUGGAAAAAGAAGAUGAAGAAAAGAAAGCACAACUUGAACUGUCCAAUAAAAUUAACAACACUCUGACAGAAUGUCUGCAGUUCAUUGAAAGGGGUAUACUUUCUAAUGAAGUAUUUACCAUAUUGUCCAGUAUUCCUGAGGCCAAAAAAUUUGCUAAAUUCUGGAUCUGCAAAGCAAAGUUAUUGGCCAGUAAAGGUACCUUUGAUGUCAUUGGGCUGUAUGAAGAGGCCAUUCGAAAUGGGGCAACACCAAUACAAGAGUUGCGUGAAGUUGUUCUUAAUAUUUUGCAAGACACAAACAGAACCACAGAAGGAGUUACCUCUGACUCUUCAGUUGCCGAGCUGAAUAUAACAUCAAUAGAAGAGCUGGCCAAUAAAACGGAAUCUGAAAAGUCUUGUCUUUCUCUAAAAGAGAGAGAACAGGUUACAGGAACACCCCAAAUAAUCAAGGCAGAGCAGGAUAACCAUCCUGGUAUCAAAUUACAGGUGGCCCCCAUCCCUAGGAUAAGUGGAAUAGCAGAAGUGCACGACAUGAAGCUGAUCACUCCCGUGCGCCGGUCGGCGAGGAUUGAGCGAGCGGUGUCCCGCUACCCGGAAAUGCUGCAGGAACACGAUUUGGUGGUGGCUUCUCUUAACGAGCUGUUAGAAGUGGAAGAAACAGAGUGUUUUAUAUUCCGUAAAAAUGAGGCUUUGCCUGUCACAUUAGGGUUUAAAAUCCUUGAGUCAUAAUUUCUUAAUGCCUUAAAAAAAAAAAAAGAUGUUUCAGAUCCUCCAUGAA